CUUCUAAACAACAUGGCGGCGAUCAUAACACCGCAAGUAGAAUUGGAUCAGAAAUGCAUUGAAAGGCUUGGAGAAUGAUACAGAAGCUGAUAUCUGAAGAUGUCACGGAGUGUUCCUUGGCGUCGGGCAUUGUCCGAUGCCUGUUGCUGGCACCAGGCCGAAGCCCAAAAUGCAACUAUUUACAUCCUGCGAGAGACAGGACCAACAGGAUUUCUUUUGAAAGAAGAAGGAGAAAGCAAGAACUUCAAGGUGUUCCUGGGAGACCCUCACAGCUGUACUUGUCCUGUGUUCAAGAAGGAGAAGGAUCUGUGUAAACACAUAUCAUGGCUGCUUCUCAAGAAGUUCCGGGUCCCGAAAGAGAAUCCAGUCACCUGGCAACUUGGACUUGUGGAGAGAGAGAUCAACGAGAUACUGCGAGGGCACAUGUCACCACGGAGAAACCAGACCAAGAAGCCAACAUCCAGAAACACAACGGCAGAUGCAGAUGGGAGGACGGCAGUGCAGCAGAGAGACAUCGACAAGGAGGAUGUUUGUCCAAUAUGCCAGGAGGAACUACUUGAUAAACGCCUCCCAGUCACUUAUUGCAAGUUCGGAUGCGGGAACAGUGUCCACAUCAAGUGUAUGAAGAUCUGGGCCGAGCAUCAGCAGGGUGUCGGGGAGAAGAACAUUAAGUGUCCCAUGUGUCGGGAAGACUUCGGACCCUUCAAUCUUCUCAAACUGGAGAUGCGGAAUGCUGCAGACAAGCAGGAUGCAGCAGGGAGGAUGAACAGACAUGUUGGAACCUGCUGCAGGAGCUGCCAUAUUGCUCCCAUCGAGGGCAAGUGCUACAGGUGCACACACUGUACUGAGUAUUAUCUGUGUCAGUCCUGCUUCAACACACCAACACACACACAGCAUUCCUUCGAAUAUAGACAUAAAAGAAACCAGAGAUGGCGUCCAGCUGAGCGUAUGUUUGGUGCUUCAGUUCCACGGGCCGUGGCCACAGACAUGAUGAACAGAGAGCUGUCCGCCACCGACUAUGACAUGCUGCUACAGCUGGACAAUACUCAGCACGCCAGCAUGACAAGCGACAUGCCAGAAGAAGUGGUCAACACUCUUCCCCUGGAACGUGUCAGAGAACGCAGCAACCUCCUUGCCCCUGGAUCACAGUGUCGCGUGUGUCUCCGCUGCUUUGAGCCAGGGCAAUAUGUGCGCAAACUACCCUGUAAACAUAAGUUUCACAAAGACUGCAUUGACAACUGGCUGCUCCACUCACGGCCGACAUGUCCAGCUGAUGGGCUGACUGUCUGGAGCCCUGCCACAGGUCUGGCGGAUCAGAUCGGAGCACCACGAACAUUGCAGUCCAGACGUCCAUCUGAUGCCUCGCUACCAAGCGAGUCCGCUUCUUCAAGGGGGAUAACUCUGGAGAUCCCAGGAGUAGGUCUAGCAUCUCUUGGCCAGGGUUCAGUCGGGAGGCAGGACCCUGGUGGGCUGGUGCGUCGGCCUGUGCGUAACACAGCUGUACCCCACCGCCCCCCAUCCAGCAUGGAACUAGCAGGGGUCGCAUUGGGUGCGGAGGGGGAGAGAUUAGACUCCCAUCACCUAGAGAUGGAGAACACAUUACCAGGCUCACGACUCCUCCAACGAGCCAUGCAGCAUCGGAACGACCUCGUACACCAGCUGGCUCACAUGCAGGCCGGGGAGUCAGGGGCGUCGCAGCCACUACCCACAGCACAGAUUGACCUGGGAGAUGUACUGAGGGCAGCGGGGAGUAACAGUGCCCCACCAGUAGUGGAACGGAAACCACCCACAGGGUCACAGACACAAGCCAGGGGAGCUGGAGUGGAUGCUGCAGAGAGGCGUGGCCGUGGUAGACAUCGCACUAACCAAAUAGAUGGUGCUUCCUUUCGACACAGAUCAUCAAGUCGAGAGCGGAAUAGUUCACAAGACCGACAGAACCUGUUACGAAGCAUACAGGCAUUUCAAGGUUUGUACCUUGGGAAUAACCCUCGUAUCAACCCACCACAAGGGGAGACAACUGGAAACUCUCAGCGCCAACCAGCAAACCCAUACAGAAGAAACACAUCCUUGUCCUCUAGGUCAAAGAGGAACCCACAGCUGUCGGAACAGGCACAGAGAACUGUUGAUAUUGUAAUGGAAGGGAGCCAUAUAGACAGCCUCACUCUCAGGGACAUCCUUCGCUGAUGCCAGUCUUGUGGAAGAUGGCAGCACAUUUUCAGGAAGUCUAACAGUAAUGUGAUUUACCGAUUUUAGUUUAAUUGAGAUAUGUUUGUAGUUGGAGACGUAUUGGUGUAACAUAUGAGAUUAUUUCUUUGCUUUGUAUUUACUUUUUAAUUAUAUUAUUUUUCCUUAUCCUCACUCAUGCUUUUUGCUUAUCUCCGUUUUCAUUCGACGGUCAGUGGAAAUUUUGAAUCCUAUUCAAUUCCCUGAAGCGAUCAUACAAUCACUCACCCUGAGUUGCCUCCCUUGUCCCCGAAUAAAUUGUCCCAUGUGCCCUGAGCCAAGCUGUUAUCACUCUCUCCGUAAUUAAAGCCUGCAUUGUGACUUACAGGGAAGCCCUUAAUGCUGAGAAAGUUUAUCUCAUGAGGAGGGUGUGGGUUCGAAUCCCGGAUGGGACUCAACCCAGCAAAAGUACAAGAAUCUGUACUUUACGAAGAAAGUGUAAUCCCAGAUAUAACAUGUGUUACCACAUGAGUACUAUGGAAGUAUUCCUUAUGGAGUGGGUUUCAAGAGAAUAUUAUCCCACUCAGAAACAAGAGAGCAGUCUGUUUUAUUUGUAGCAGGGUAUGAGGGAGUUUUUCUCCUGCUCAGAAAUUAUUUAAUUCCCAGGGAAAAUUUGUAAACCAUACAUUAUAUUUUAUUAAGAUCAUGUGAGCCAGUCAGAUCGAGAUUCUAACAUGGAGGUAAGAUAAUGUCCGUUUGUCUCAUUAUAUUCACUACAGAUUAGGGCUGGGACGGAUCGAAAUUUUCUACCCGUGUACCCCACCUUCUGUUACCCUACCCUUCCCUGAUACCCGUUAUGUUAAUUCCUGACAUCAAAUUUGUAAGAAAUGACAA